AUGGGUGUGCCACAAACUCCAACCCCUUCUCCACAUUUGUAUCCACAAGAACUUCAGCUUAAACUGUACCAAGCCUUCAUCUUCUCAAUUCCCAUACUCUUUUCCAUCAUUCUGGUUCUCUUGUUUUACUUGUUCUACCUCAAAAGGAGGGCUUCCUCUCUCUCAUCACCACCUCUCCACAUACUUCCCACCACUGCUAAUCCUCAAACUACAUAUCCUUACCCUUCACAACCUUGCCGAUUAGAUCUUACAGUGCAAUUUCUUGACAAACUUCCAAUAAUUUUAUUUGAUGAGGAUUUUGGAACAAGAGAUUCAGUAUGUUGUGUUUGCCUAGGAGAAUUUGAGCCGAAGGAAGAACUGCUACAAAUCCCUUAUUGCAAGCAUGUGUUUCAUACCCACCAUAGCAAGGUGAAAUUUCAGAAUGAACCUCCUGUGGCUGUGGCUGUGCCUGUGCCUGUGGAGAUGCCAUAA